ACGAGAGCCGCGCAGCGCCGCUCCGCUCCGCGACGCACGGUUUUGCCAGCCAACGGCAAGUCUGAGGCUCCGUCUGCUGCAAUGGAACGCGUAACCAGGAGCUCCGCGGCAGCGAAGCCCUCCCCACGUACGAGCGCGAGCCCGCGGAGGGAAAAUUCAAACGGCAGAGAGCAGCAGCAGCAGCGGCGGCGGGACGCGGCAGCCUCGGCAGCGCGUGCCGGACGGAGCAUAAAGAAGGAGGGCGUCUCCCCGACACGGACGGGCCAGCAGGACCCGCUGCACGACGUGCUCACGGCCACCCUGCGCGGGCUGCGCAUCAGGAAGCAGCUGAGGUCCGAGUCCACGGCGGUCAUCAACAGCAUCGUGGACGUGAUCUUUCGCCACCUGCGCAGCCAGAAGGACUGCUUCAGCAGCGUGGAGCGCCUGCGCACCGGCAGCUACUAUGAGAACGUGAAGAUCCGUCAGCCGGAUGAGUUUGACGUGAUGCUGGCCAUCCCGGUCCGUAGCGUGGAGAUCCUCCCGUUUGACGACGAGGGUGCCUUCUACAGCGUGGCUGUGAAAGGGAGGUGCAGGACACACCCGCUGGAACAGUUUGUUCUGGAGAACGGAGUCGUGUCUGCGAACGAGAUGCUGACGAAGUUCAGGAAACAUGUCGUGAACGCACUGAAGAAAGCUGGCAUGACAGAUGUGCAAGUGGAGCGAAAGAAGAAAGGGUGUCCAGCAGUGACCUUGCUGGUGACGGAGGAAGACCUGGACAUUGGACUGGACAUCGUGUUUGGCCUGGCAGUCCAUUCUUCUUGGCCGUCUUUCACAAAUGAUGGAUUCAAGAUAGAAAAAUGGCUUGGAUCCAAAACCAAAAAAAAUUUCAAAUUGAAGCCCUUCUACCUGGUUCCAAAGUAUGAAGGUAACGGGAAUGAAGAGUUGGAUGGAGUCUGUGCCAGAGAUACCUGGCGCAUCUCUUUUUCUCACGUGGAGAAGGAGAUCUUGAAGUCCCAUGGUUCCACAAAAACCUGCUGUGAGGUGGAAGGGACACAGUGCUGCCGAAGGGAGUGCCUGAAACUUCUGAAGCACCUCCUGAAAGCCCUCCAGGACAAAUACCCAAAGGAUCUGCCCAAGUUUUAUUCCUACCAGGCGAAGACCACAUUGCUGCACGCCUGCACGGUCCGGGUGCACGAUGCUGACUGGAGGAUAGAAGACCUGGCGCACUGCUUUCAUUUGCUCCUGGAGGACUUCCAGAGAUAUCUGAGAGAGGGUUACCUGCCCAACUACUUCAUCCCCACCCACAACCUCCUGGGCUCUAAGUGUAGCCAGAGGAGCUGUAAUCUUCUGGCAGAUUACAUUGCAUUUGAGCAAAAUAACAUGUUUCCCAUCUUUUUUUCUAAUUCUUGUAUUAGGCCUUAGCAGCGCAAAAAAGUGAAUGAAUGUGUUGAAGUUGCAUUGCGCUGUGUUCAAAUUC